GUGCUUGCGCAGCACGCACGAUUGGGGGUGGGGCAGGGGCUGUCGGCCGGCGGGCAGUGGAGGCGUGGGGCCUGGGCCUGCUGGCACCAUGGCCAAGACUGUGGCCUAUUUCUACGACCCCGACGUGGGCAACUUCCACUACGGAGCUGGACACCCUAUGAAACCCCAUCGCUUGGCGCUGACCCAUAGUCUCGUCCUACACUAUGGUCUCUAUAAGAAGAUGAUCGUCUUCAAGCCAUAUCAGGCCUCCCAGCAUGACAUGUGCCGCUUCCACUCCGAGGACUACAUUGACUUCCUGCAGAGAGUCAGUCCCACCAAUAUGCAAGGCUUCACCAAGAGCCUUAAUGCCUUCAACGUGGGCGAUGACUGCCCCGUGUUUCCCGGUCUCUUUGAGUUCUGCUCCCGUUACACAGGUGCAUCUCUACAAGGAGCAACCCAGCUAAACAACAAGAUCUGUGAUAUUGCCAUUAACUGGGCUGGUGGCCUGCACCAUGCCAAGAAGUUUGAGGCCUCUGGCUUCUGCUAUGUCAAUGACAUUGUGAUUGGUAUCCUGGAGCUUCUCAAGUACCAUCCUCGGGUGCUCUACAUUGAUAUCGACAUCCACCAUGGUGAUGGGGUUCAGGAAGCCUUCUACCUCACUGACCGGGUCAUGACGGUGUCCUUCCACAAAUACGGAAAUUACUUCUUUCCUGGCACAGGUGACAUGUACGAAGUUGGAGCAGAGAGUGGCCGAUACUACUGUCUCAAUGUCCCCUUGCGGGAUGGCAUUGAUGAUCAGAGUUACAAGCAUCUUUUCCAACCAGUCAUCAACCAGGUGGUGGACUUCUACCAACCCACAUGCAUUGUUCUUCAGUGUGGAGCUGACUCUCUGGGGUGUGAUCGAUUGGGCUGUUUCAACCUCAGCAUCCGAGGACAUGGGGAAUGCGUUGAAUAUGUCAAGAGCUUUAAUAUCCCUCUGCUGGUGCUUGGUGGUGGUGGCUAUACUGUUCGAAAUGUCGCCCGCUGCUGGACGUAUGAGACAUCCUUGCUGGUGGAAGAGGCCAUUAGUGAGGAGCUUCCCUAUAGCGAAUACUUCGAGUAUUUUGCCCCGGACUUCACGCUCCAUCCAGACGUCAGCACCCGCAUCGAGAAUCAGAACUCACGCCAGUAUCUGGACCAGAUCCGCCAGACAAUCUUUGAAAACCUGAAGAUGCUGAACCAUGCACCUAGCGUCCAGAUUCACGAUGUGCCUGCAGACCUCCUGACCUAUGACAGGACUGAUGAGGCUGAUGCAGAGGAGAGGGGUCCUGAGGAGAACUACAGCAGGCCAGAGGCACCCAAUGAAUUCUACGACGGAGACCAUGACAAUGACAAGGAAAGCGACGUGGAGAUUUAAGAGCAGCUUGGGAUGCUAUGUCCCAAGGGAUUCCUUUUCACCUGUUGGAUGGGUGGAAGAGAAAAGGUGUGGCUCUCCCAGUCCUAGGCUGGUCACCCUUCAGGACUUUUACUAACUCUGGGGAAGGAUUUGGAGACCACACAUGGUUCUAGGACCACCUACCCCUUUUUCCUCCUCUCCCACCCCCUGAUGAUUAUGCCUAUUAGGGAUGAGAUGGGGAAAAGGAUAGUUAGUGGGCAGUGGGCUCUAGAGGCCAGUCCCUGGCCCUUAUGGCCCCAUUCCUUCCCUGCUUCCCUCCAAUCCAGAGACUUAGAGACGAAGGGGUAGACAGGACUGAGGUUGACUGAUAUCCUCCUCUCCUGGGUUCUCCUACUGCAGGUCUUGCUUCUAGGGCCUGUGAAGAGUGAGGGCUUGUGGAAGCUCUAGCUCCCUAACACCUUAACCCUAGCUGAUGGGACAUGCAGUUUUGAGUAGGGGAAGGAUGUGAAGAUGUCCUGUUCUAACUUUUGGCUUUAUGUCCAUUUACCACUGUUUUUAUCCAAUAAACCAAGUUGGUAUUUUUUGUACCUU